AUGUUCGACGGGUUGUACGCCAUGGCCAUGGACGACCUGCGGCAGUGCGCCGUGGAGGACAUCCGUGACGCGGCGUUCAACGCCGGCCAGCCCCUCCACGUCGACCCCGUCUACGAGACAGGCUGCACCUGUUCGCUCGCGAGGGAUCGCAACUCACCAGGCUUGGUCACCGGAAUCGUUUCAGGCGAGAAUUGGCCGUACGUGUGGACUCGCGACACGGCCUACGCGGCGCUGCUGUCCCUGGCCGCCGUCGACCCCCAGCGUACCGUCAACUCGCUCCUGUUCAAAACGGCCCGUCUCAAGCCAGCCGCCGCCGCCGACCACUCGGCUGCCGAGCUCCACAUCGUGCAGGACACCGGGACGGGCGGAAGCUAUCCGGUGUCGAGCGACCGGGUGACGUGGGCACUGGGCGCGGGCGAGGCGCUCAAGUACCUCCACGGCGAAGCCAGGGAGCGCUUCGCCGCUGUGGCCCGCGCCGCCAUCACCCACACCAUCGAGAUCGACCGCACCAUCGUCUACGACGACCAAGACGGCCUCUACAGAGGGGAGACGUCGUUCCUGGAUUGGCGCGAGCAGACCUAUCCGGUGUGGGUCAAGAGUGACCUGGCGCACAUCGCCGGCUCCAAGGCGCUGUCCACCAACGUGGCCCACUACGCCUGCAUCUCGCUGGCCGCCUCGCUGGAGCGGCAGCACCAGGACCAGGCCGCAGCCACCAAAUACGAACAAGUGCCCGGACCCACUCACUACUGGGCGAAGUCGCUGCGCCAGGCCAUCAUCGCCACGUUUUACGUGGACUUGGGCGACGGUCGGGGCAUGUACGCCGCCACGAAGGGUCCGCUCACCCACCCUUCCAUCCUACGCCACUACGACCUGCUGGGUUCGGCGUUGGCCGUGCUGGUGAUGGAUGCCGGCGACGACGCCGACGAGGCCAGCCGUCGCCGAGCCGAGGCCGUGGUGGCGACCUAUCCCCACGCGCCCCGGGGGCCUCCGGUGAUCCACCCGCAGCAUCCGGGCGUGCCGAUCUAUCACAACAGCGCCAUCUGGCCCUUCGUCACAGCGGUGCGGGUGGCAAAUUGGAAGGUGGUGGAUCACGGGGUGUGGUCGCUCAUGCGCGCGUCGGCGCUCCACCUGUCCAACAUGGAGAACCUGGAAUUCCUCUCCGGCGAGACCUUUGUCGACGCCGGCCCGCUCUCGGGACCAGUCGUCAACUCCAGACGCCAGUUGUGGUCGGUGGCGGGCUACCUCGCCAUGGUGCACGACGUGGCGUUUGGACUACAGACCCGCGAUGACAGCGCCACCGGCGGCGCCGGCAUUCGGUUCGAGCCCUUCGUAACGCGAUGGCUGCGCGAGUCGCUGCUGGGCCACUCGCACGAGGUCGUGCUGGACUCCUUUGCGUACCGCGGCAAGCAGCUGCGCGUGCGAAUCACCCUGCCCGGCGACCAGGUCGCCGCGCCAGCGCCACCCACCAUCACCGACGCCUCGGUGGCCGUACCCGGGGAAGCGUCAGUUCUCGUGCGCGAGGGCGCCGACGGCAGCCCGGAGCUGCGGGCGACGAUGACCGGCGUCGUGCGCCCCUACCGUGUGGCACGUGUCACAGUCAACGGCCGGGUGAUUGCCCCGAGCGCGUGGCUCGGCGAAGCCGACUUGCUGCCGCCGCAGCACACCAACGAGUGGGAGAUCGCGCUGGAGGCCGACGGGGAUGACCGGCUCGAGGCCCGGGUGGUCGAGAUGAACUUGCUGGGCGGCGAGCGGGAGGCCCACUACGCGCCCAGAGAGCCGACCAUCUCCACCACUCCCACGGGGCCUGACGGAAGUGUGCGGCUGCGCGUGGAAAAGGCCGCAGAUGACGCUGACCGCGUGUUGUUCGACGUGUACCGCGACGGUGCGUUGUAUGCCGAGAGAGUGGGAUCGGACUGGGCGGAGGACCUCCCGCGUGACCGCGCCCACAGCUACUCGGCGCAAGCGGUGAACCCAAAGUCGGGGCUGACGUCUCGCCACUCGCGGGCCUUAUGGCUCCCAUCAUCAUCGCGAGAUGACCCGCACGGCGUCGGCGACGAGCUGGUGGUGGAGGCGCGGGACAUGCGCAGCAACGGCGGCAUGCUCAAGAUCGGCGCCAGUGGCGCGCAGCCUUCCACCACCGACAAUGAAGAAGCGGCCGUGACAAGCUACUACUGCUUCUGGGGCGACCUACACCACUGGCUCACGACGGACGACGUGCGCCCGGCGCGGAGCGGUGCCUACGCGGUGCAGGUGCUCUACAGCAACGGGGCGGGCACUCGCAGCACGGGGAUCGCGUGUGCGCUCAAGUGGCUCGUGGUGGACCGCAUCUCUGGGACUGACCACCACGAGGGCGAGCGCACGCAAGAGAGGCGGCGGGUGGUGGUCAUGCCUCAGAACAGCGAGUACCGGUGGGACGACGUGUGGAACUGGUCGACCCCGGUCGGAGUCCACCUGCGCGAGGGCUGCCGCUACGCAAUCACCCUGUGCAGCGAUGAUGACGACGUUGAGGGGACGCGGCUGAUGAACAUGAGCUACCUCGACCACUUCACGUCGUACACGAACAACGGCCGCAUGCUGGGCGGAGGGGACGGCCUGGCCAACUUUGUCAACAUCGCACGCAUCCGCCUGCGCAGUUUUUAA